AUGGCCAUAGUUCUAUGGAAGUUGUAGAGUAAUGGCUGUGAAAAAUCUUGGCCCUAUUCGCACGACAAUUUUUGUAUUAAUAAAAAUUCCUAUAGAUUAUGAAGUAGGAAUUAAACAGUGAAAAAGACUAUAAUGAGACAUUGUUAAUGAAAGAUAAUCUGAAGCCAGAACAAGUAUUCUCACUAAGAGGGCAUAGUAAACCAGUCACAUGUUUGGGAUCAGUAGUUUUGGAAAAUAGAGAUUACCUCAUUUCAUCAGAUGCAUCAGGUUUAAUUAUAAUAUGGGACAUUCAUACAAAGCGUCCAUAUAAGCAAUGGCAAGCCCAUAGUGAUACAAUUUUAUCCGUUAGACAGAUUGAAGAAGAAUUGAUUCUCAGUCAAUCUCGUGAUGGAACCCUUAAAAUAUGGAAAGUAAAUAAUAACUCAUCAGUUCCAUUAGAAGUUUUCUUAUUACCUAUAAAUCCAUUAAAUUUCUGUAAUGUAGAAUACAUCAAAGGAAAUUUAAUUACUCCAGCUACUGUUGAUUCUAAUAAUUUUGAUAUUUAUAGGCUCAAGUAUGAUGACAAUUUGGAAUUCAGUUUCACGAGAAUUGUAACUAAUUUCAGUGCCUUUGCAUUAUUUAAUAAAACUAAGAAAAUAGAAGAAAUACGACGAGAUAAUGAACUAGGAAGAAAUGAUUUCGGAAUUAUAAUGAAAAUGUUAUUAGUUGGAGAGAGUAAACUAUUUUUAGGUUUUGAAUCUGGAGAGGUUAUUGGCUUACAAAUCGAUUUAAAUUCCCACAUUGAUGAUAAUGAAUCAAGCAAAACUAUAGAAUUAGGUAAUAAUCUGCUGAGUUCAUCAAAAUUAUCAGGACUAUUUAAUGCGAGACCAAAAGCAUUUAAUAAAACCAUAAUUAAUAAGGAUCCACCUAUAAAAUUGAUUUAUGCUAAUUCGUUCCAUACUCCUAAUCCUAUUAUUUCAAUGGCCCAUGUCAAUAAUUCUCUAAUUACUGGUUCUUCAAACAAGAAAAUUGCUAUUCAUGAUUAUUCAAAUUAUUCAUUUGAUAAUACUUUAAUUGAUGAUGUUAUAAUAUCAAAGUUACAUCAUCAUGGCAUUCAAUCCAUAAUUGUGGAUGAUGCGAUUGAGAAUUCUUUUUUGAUUGGCUAUUGGAAUGGAUUAAUUGAAGGAAUGGUAUUGAACCAGAAAAUAAUGCAACCGAAAUUCGAAAUAAAAAGGGAUUUGCCUAGAGUUUCAAUAAGCGAGUCAACAAUUUCUGGUCAGGAAUCGGAGAAUCCUAUGAAAGAAUCAAUUAAGUUGACCUAUUUAGCUAGUAUUCAAACUUCACCGCCGAACACCGAAGGCAAAAGAUCUUAUAAAUCUUUACUUCAGACCCGCCGAAACUAUAUUGGGAAACUCCUAUUUGCCGCAUAUGAAGAUGGAACAAUUGUUGCUUAUAGAUAACAAUGGUAUAUAACUAAUCCAAAUUGUAUUAUAAUGAAUCUGUAACAUUAGUUUUACAAGUAGACAACCACUCUUUAAAACUUAUCCAUGGCUUAUUCGGGUUUAAUAAUUAUCGCUAAAUUUAAUUUCCCAACUGUUUUUCUGCCAUUGUUAUUAUUGUUGCAAACCACACUCAUAUUGCCCAUUCUUGCCAAGAGGGAAAUGAAACCUAAGAAAUUUCUCAAUUAAAGGCUUUUGACAACUUUACUCUAGGUUAUUUCUCCUAUAUCAUAAUCUGAGGGACCAUGUGCUCUCUAUAAUAUAAUAUGAACAACAUUAUAAAAGCAAUUAUAACUUAUUAGAAAUUGUACUCUUCGGAUAUUCAGUGGUUACUCAACUGAAAAGGAAAUAUGUUAACUGCGACGAAGGAGCACACGAGAUAAAUAAAAUU